CCCCACAGGAACAGUGGUCCAGUGCAACAGAGCUUUGGGCUGCAACACCAGGAUGAGUGCCAAUGCUGGUGGUAGUGGUGGUGUGGACUGUGGUGGCAGUAGCAGCAGCUCUCAGACUUCCUGUGGGCCGGAGUCCUCGGGGUCUGAAUUAGCUCCAGCCACACCGGCACCUCCGUUGCUACAGGGGUUCCUGGGCUCUGAUGAGGAAGAGCAGGAAGAUCCCAAGGACUAUUGCAGGGGUGGCUACUACCCAGUGAAGAUAGGUGAUUUGUUCAAUGGACGGUACCAUGUGGUGCGCAAGCUAGGCUGGGGCCACUUCUCUACAGUCUGGCUCUGCUGGGAUAUUCAGCGCAAGCGCUUCGUGGCCCUGAAAGUAGUGAAGAGCGCAGGGCAUUACACAGAGACAGCUGUGGAUGAGAUCAAGCUCCUGAAAUGUGUCCGGGACAGUGACCCUAGUGACCCCAAAAGAGAGACCAUUGUUCAACUCAUUGAUGACUUCAGGAUCUCAGGAGUUAAUGGAGUCCAUGUGUGCAUGGUGCUAGAGGUCCUGGGCCACCAGCUCCUCAAGUGGAUCAUCAAGUCCAACUACCAGGGCCUGCCUGUACCCUGUGUUAAGAGCAUUGUUAGGCAGGUGCUACAUGGUCUGGAUUACCUCCAUACUAAGUGCAAGAUCAUCCAUACGGACAUCAAGCCUGAGAACAUCCUACUGUGUGUUGGAGAUGCCUACAUCAGGCACCUGGCUGCUGAAGCCACAGAGUGGCAGCAGUCAGGGGCCCAGCCCCCAUCCCGCUCCACAGUCAGCACCGCCCCCCAGGAGGUCUUGACUGGUAAGCUAUCCAAAAAAAAGAGGAAGAAGAUGAGGCGUAAAAGAAAGCAACAGAAGCGGCUGCUGGAGGAGCGGCUGCGGGACUUGCAGAGGCUGGAGGCCAUGGAAGCGGCAGUACAGGCUGAGGACUCCGGCUCAAGAUUAGAGCGGGGCAGCGGCUCCACCUCUUCUUCAGGCUGCCACCCAGAGGCCACCAGGGCUGGCCCCUCUCCAGCCUCUUCUUCCCCUGCACCUGGGGGUGACCGCAGCUUUAGUCCCAGUUCACAGACCUCAGGUUUUUCGGGGUCUCUGUUCUCCACGGCUUCCUGCUCCAUCCUCUCAGGCUCAUCUAAUCAGCGUGAGACUGGGGGUCUUCUGUCCCCUAGCACACCAUUUAGUGCUUCCAACCUUCUGGUGAACCCCCUGGAGCCCCAAAAUGCAGACAAGAUCAAGAUCAAGAUUGCAGACCUGGGCAACGCCUGCUGGGUGCACAAACACUUCACUGAGGACAUUCAGACUCGGCAGUACAGGGCAGUGGAGGUGCUGAUUGGUGCUGAGUAUGGCCCCCCAGCUGACAUCUGGAGCACAGCAUGCAUGGCUUUUGAGCUUGCCACUGGUGACUACCUGUUUGAGCCUCACUCUGGAGAAGACUAUAGUCGUGAUGAGGACCAUAUUGCUCAUAUCGUGGAACUUCUGGGAGACAUCCCACCAGCUUUUGCCCUCUCAGGCCGCUAUUCACGGGAGUUCUUCAACCGCAGAGGACAGCUGCGGCACAUCCACAACCUCAAGCACUGGGGCCUAUAUGAGGUACUCAUGGAGAAGUAUGAGUGGCCCUUGGAGCAAGCCACACAGUUCAGUGCUUUCCUGUUGCCUAUGAUGGAGUACAUCCCCGAGAAGCGGGCCAGUGCUGCUGACUGCCUCCAGCACCCCUGGCUAAACCCCUAGAUCUCACUGGAGCUGUGGACAGCAGGGGCUGUGCAAGCUUUGCCCUAGGUCACAGUACCUUGAGGGAAAGCAGGCAACUUCUAUCACCCUGUGGGAACUGCUCCUCCACCCUGCUGGGUGCUAUUGUGCUCGUUCCUGCCCCAUGACAGGACAGAAAUGCUGGAGCAAGUUCCACAUCUCAGCCAGUCCACUUGUGAUCCUUCCAGACGGUCUUGAGUGGGAAAGAGUGCCUGUUUCUUUCUUAAUA